AGCUGUUCUGUUUUGUGUGUGCACGUAGACUCUACCUGUAGUCUACCUAAGUAGAGUACUGAACCAGCAUGGGAGUCCCAGCGUUUUUCCGUUGGCUGUCCAAGAAAUAUCCAUCCAUUGUGGUCCAAUGCAAGGAAGAGAAAUCCAAGAAGAUGGAUGGGUACGAUGUUCCCGUGGAUGCCACCCAACCCAACCCUAAUGAAGUGGAGUUUGACAACCUGUACUUGGACAUGAACGGCAUUAUCCACCCGUGCUGUCACCCCGAGGACAAAGCCGCCCCCAAGGAUGAAGACGAGAUGAUGGAGGCCAUCUUUGAGUACAUUGACCGUAUCUUCGCCAUAAUACGUCCCCGACGUCUCCUCUACAUGGCCAUUGAUGGAACAGCUCCUCGAGCCAAGAUGAAUCAGCAACGAUCCAGGAGGUUCAGGGCUGCCAAGGAGUCUGAGGAGAAGCAAGAGGACAUUGAGCGAAUAAGGGAGGAGCUACAGGCCAAAGGUGCUGACCUGCCUCCUAAGAAAGCAAAGGAGGCUCACUUUGACAGCAACUGCAUCACACCAGGCACUCCCUUCAUGGCAAGGCUGGCUACUUGUCUAGAGUUCUACAUCCAUGAGAGAAUGAACAACAAUCCAGCGUGGCAGGGAAUCAAAGUGUUGCUGUCCGAUGCCAACGUACCUGGUGAGGGUGAACACAAGAUCAUGGAUUACAUCCGUGGACAGAGAAGCAAUCCUGACCAUGACCCCAACACGCAUCACUGUCUCUACGGGGCGGACGCAGACCUGAUCAUGCUGGGACUAGCCACUCAUGAGCCAAACUUCACCAUUCUCCGGGAGGAGUUCAAGCCAAACCAGCCAAGACCUUGUGAACUGUGUGGACAAAUAGGUCAUGAUUUGAAGGAGUGCACUGGUCUGGCGAAGGAGAAAGAGGGAGAGUUUGAUCAGUUUGCCAGCUCAACAGUCUCUCCCCAGAAGGAGUUUAUCUUCCUCAGGCUCUGCGUACUCAGAGAGUACCUAGAGAGAGAACUGACCAUCAGUGGGCUGCCCUUCCCCUUUGAUCUGGAGAGAGCCAUUGAUGACUGGGUGUUCAUGUGCUUCUUUGUGGGUAAUGAUUUCCUACCACACCUCCCCUCUCUGGAGAUCAGGGAGGGCGCCAUUGACCGCCUCAUUAGACUGUACAAGAACGUGGUCCCUCAAACACAUGGGUACCUCACUCACAACGGAAAAGUCAAUUUGGCCAGAGUGCAGCUCAUCCUCAAAGAGCUUGGUCUAGUGGAAGAUGAGAUCUUCCAGAGGAGACGACAAAAUGACGUCAGCUACAGACGCAGACAGAGAGACAACAAGAGGAGGAGAGUGAAUGACUCACCGAAGUGGACUCCUCGAGGACAGUUCGCUCCAGUGGCAAUAGGCUCAGAGACUGCUCCAGUACAGAAUGCUCGCCAAGAAGCAUAUCAGAUGAGACAAACGGCAAGUCUAUCGGCCAAUCAAAGUGCUGCCGCUAACCUCAAGCAGCAGCUGAAAGGCAGCGCUGAGCCUUCGAAUGAUCAGUCCGUAGUUCAAAGGUCAGCGACAGCUCCCAGUGGUGGAGAGGGGUCAGGUCUUGGACAAAAGAGAUCCUCCGAACGGAUAGCUGAGGAUAGUGAACCAGAGGAUGAGGUGAAACUGUGGGAGGACGGAUGGAAAGAAAGGUAUUACCAGAGGAAGUUUGGUGUGCCAAGUGAUGACGGUGACUUUGUGGGAGGUGUGGUGGAGCAGUACACUCGAGGCCUGUGCUGGGUGCUGGGAUACUACUAUCAGGGUUGUCCGUCUUGGAAAUGGUUCUAUCCGUAUCACUACGCUCCGUUUGCAUCAGACUUCAAACAAAUCUCUCACAUAAGAAAUGACUUUAACCGCGACACUCAACCUUUUCGUCCCUUGGAGCAGCUUAUGGGGGUGUUUCCUGAAGCCAGUGGCACGUUCCUGCCGCCAUCUUGGAGGGAGUUUAUGGCAGUUGAGGACUCACCAAUCAUUGACUUCUACCCUGUGGACUUCAGGAUAGACCUAAACGGGAAGAAAUAUGCGUGGCAGGGGGUGGCCUUGCUGCCGUUUGUGGAUGAGAAGCGACUCCUCAAAUGUCUGCACGAGGUCUACCCCAAUCUCACUGACGAUGAAAUGCUCAGGAAUAGCCGGGGCUGUAACAAGAUCUUUGUACAUCGCUGCAACAAACUCUACCCGUUCUUCAAGACCCUUUAUGAAGCAGGGCCAGAAGAACUACCUGAGGAAGUAGAAUGGAGUUCUGAAAAUGCUCAUGGGAUGCGUGGUAGAGUUUCAUUGGACGCCUCAAUGAAGACGAUACUUUCCCUCAGUGGUAAGGUUCAGUCCCCUGUCCCUACAAGACCUGAUAUCAGCAAGACUUUUGUCAUGAGCUCAAAGUUCCAAGAUCCUCACUAUCCUCCUGAGCACAUAUUUGAAGCCAAGAUGCUCCCUGGGGCGGAGCUACCAGACAAAGUGUUGCGGCCUAGUAACUACAGUGGGAGGUACCAACCAUCCACUGGGUUCAGAGGAGGGUCCACGGCUCACCAGAGAAGCUACUCCGCCCCAGACCCCGCCCAGAGGAUGGUUCGGCAUUCUCUGAACGAUCGCUCCUCAUACGAGAUGUACAGCUCUCAGGGCUCUGACUUUGGGUUCAGGGGUGCAGGACAGAGGGGUUAUCAUCAUAACAGCAGGCCACCAGCAGCCCCAAGUCGUGCCCAGUGGAGCUCGUACUCUGAUCAGCGUUACCCUCCGCCUAACCCACAGCCUCCCAGCUAUCACGGCUCACGGGAUGAUGACCGUAGCUGGAGACCACCCCCUCGUAACCAGUAUUAUAGUGAUAGACGUUGACCUUGGAGAGGAGUUAUUGAAAGUGAAAUAUUCAGUGACAAUUAUUUAGAGAGAUGAACUUAUACAUGUACCUAUAGUAUUUCAAUUUGUAUAAUUACAAAAAAUUAAGCAAUCACGGAAAUGGUUUACCGGAAAUUG